UUACUGUGUGUCAGUUGUUUGCCCUGUUUGCUGCCUUCUGGUUCCGUCUUUAUUUAAGUCCCAGUAGAGCAGGGGCAGUUGUACGUCAUGUGGUCAUUACAAUCUUUGGUAUAUAUUUUGCCAUCUUCUGCUUUGGAUGCUGGAUGGCUUCACAAUGCACUGCCAAGACAAGACUGCGGAGUCUUUUCAAAGGUAGAGGAGGAGGUGGUGUAUGCUUCAUGAUCAUCUCCUUGAGGUGAUUCUGUCCCAGUCCUGUCACCAGACCUGGAACACCUCAAGAUCAAGUGUCAUCCAUUUUAUCUGCUGUGGGAGGUUUCAGCGACCAUCUUGGUAGAGAUGUACAUCCCUCCACAGGCCAGUGUAAAGCGAGUUCAAGACAAACUGAGUGACUUAAUAAACAGGUACUCAUUACAUAUUUUUAUAGAAGUUUCUUUAUGCUAUGUGAUUAUGGCAAAAGCAAGCAUCUCAAAUAUACACAGGUAUUCAUUUGUAGCAGGAAUGGGCUAUCUCACAGUGUGCCAAAUUAGUAGAGUAUAUAUUUUUAAUUAUGGUCUGCUCUCCACAGAUUUCUCCGGACCUUUGAUGAUAGUCACCCAGAAAAUCACAAGCCUGGCCUUUCAAAUACAUGAUGGGAUGGGUUGUAAAGAUGAAGAACUUACAACCGAACAGCGCAAUCUUGCUGUCAGUACAAGACCUACAUUUCUAGAAUAUUGCAGCUAUCACUUGAAUUUUCUUGGUAUUUUGGCUGGGCCAACCAGCAAUUACAGGGACUAUAUUGCUUUUAUUGAAGGAACCCAUAUAAACAUGAAACUAAUAGAAGAACAGUGGAAGCAAAGGGGUUAUACCAAGUUCCCUGAUACUUCACCAUUUAGAGCUGUGGCAAACAAAAUGCUUAUCACCUUUUUCUGUAUGGUUUGGUUUAUGGGAAUUACCAAGAACUUUCCUAUCUCCUAUAACGUGGAUGACAAGUUUAUAAGUGAAACCUCAUUCUUCUGGAGACUCUGUUACCUCUUCAUCUCAGUUCAUGCAUCUAGACCCAAGUAUUACUUUGCUUGGACUUUAGCUGAUGCAGUCAAUAAUGCUGCUGGCUUUGGGUUCAAUGGCCUUGAUAAAAAUGGCAAUUUGCAGUGGGACCUAAUCUCAAACUUAAACAUCUGGAAUAUUGAGACUGCUACAAGUUUUAAAAUGUGCCUGGACAAUUGGAACAUUCAAACUGGAGCUUGGCUAAAGAGAGUUUGCUACAACCGGGCUCCCUACUUCCCCACUGCUCUAACAUUUAUCCUUUCAGCCUUGUGGCACGGUGUGUACCCUGGCUAUUACUUCACUUUUGUAACUGCAAUCCCUAUCACUCUGGCUGCAAGAGCGAUGAGAAGCAACUUCAGGCAUUACUUCCUUUCUUCUAAGAAAAUGAAAGUUGUGUAUGAUAUUAUCACUUGGACUUCAACUCAAACGGCGCUAUGCUAUAUUGUUACACCAUUUCUUCUACUGGCGACAGAGCCCACCAUCAAAUUCUACAAGUCAAUGUAUUUCCAUUUUCACAUUCUGUGCGCCCUUGUGCUCCCAGUUCUGACAAUCAGGAAACGGAAGUUUGUUGAAAAGAUGGCAAAAACUGAUCCAUCCUCCUCGAAUGCCAGCUCUUCUCUCACAGCCUCCGUUUGCCAGCUGUCCAAGAAAAAACAAUAGGAAUAAAGUAUGCUGGAAGUAUGAAAUGCAAAGAAAAAACUGUUGAGGGAGGAAAACAAAAAGAUCCAUUUUUCUCUAUCUGAGUGAUGUUAAGCAUGAGGGUACCCUGGUGCCAUCAUGAAAUGAGCAGUUUAAUGAAGUGUGUAUAUGUGCACUUGUGUUUGUUUACCGUGCACUUGUGUUUGUUUACUGUAUUGAACAACCCCUUGCUACUGACUUUUCCUUACCUGUACCAUUAAGUCAGGGUCAUUGGGGUGACUGUGGAAUGCAGGUAUUGCUGAUAUUUGCCAGCUUGUUGAGUUUUGUUUUCUGAAAAUGAUACCUUUGUCCUAUGAUUUUUUGGACACCUUCAUUGUGGAUGCAGUAUAUCUAAACAAUGACCUCAGCAGACGAAGUAAUUGUUGAGUAAUACCAGACCUACUGUUUAAAAAAAACAGCUUGUACUGUCAUUAUGAAACCUGUCAUUUUACAUUGUUAUUUGAAGUCGAUCUUCCUUUAUUUUUUGCCCCACCAUGUAACACCAUUGGCCUAGCCACUAGGCCAUUCAUGUAAUAUGCCUUCUUAAUCUUGGCAAACAGGAAAACCCUUACUCAUAAGUUCUAAUGUAUUGAUUUAUAAUCUAAUACCUUCUGAGCUGUAAGGCUGAUAAUAAUUGGUUUUGUUUCAUCACAGUUUUGAAGGAAGGACCAUUUGUUCUAAAGGUGGUAGGCCCCUCAUCUUCUAGAGUGGAGAUUCUUAAUUGAAUCACCACUACUCCCAUCUUUCAUUUCAGCUGGAUGAAAAAUGAGAAUGUCAAAAUUAAAAGUUCAGUGACUUUUCAGUACACUUACAGCUCUGAAUUGCUUCACUGAGGUAUACCAACUAAGUGAUUACAGUGAUUGAGUUCUGGGCAAAUAACUACACAGAUUGCACUAAAUAUAAUUUUACCAAACUUGCAAUAAUUGAAUGCUCUGUUUUAUUGUACAAUUUUUUGAUAAAAUCAAAACUGCUUGAGAGACAGCUUUAUCUAAUCAUAAAAAAUUGGAUGUUGUCAGUGCUUGCUUAUAUAUAUUGUAUAUGUGUAUAUAUGCUGUAUUUAUACAUAUACAGUAUAGAAAAAUUAAAAAUAGAUAUA